AUGUUAGAUUGGCGUUACAUGGAAGCGAGACGCAAACGCACUCUAAAUGCUUGUAGAUCAAAAGAGGGCAAGAGAUCUAAUGAUGUCGAAGUCAUGCCACCAAAUGUCCAUAAAGGAUGGAGCAUAACACCAAACAAACAGAAGUGCUAUGCAGUUACUUUUGGCAUCACAAAAUAA